UACGGGACCAAUGAUUAUAGGGACCUUUCGAGGUUGACACCCACCUAUAGGGAAGGUACUCCCCCCGCUUCUUCUGAAGAUGGGGGAAUUUCAUGGUCCCCGAGCUCUAGUUCGGGGAAGAGUUCCAGUGCCAUGGAUCCCGAUCUCGACACUGUGCUUUUUAGCGAUGAGGGAGCCGGAGCUCAGAAGAGUAAACGCCCGAGAGCCUCGCGGAGGCCCGACCGACCAUCCAAGAUCCCCAGAUGCCACGAGAAGACCCCAACGGCUCAGACUACUGCGAGCACAACCGAGGAGUCGAUUGUCCAGGCUGAUGCGUCUAGGUCAACCGCGCUCGUUUCGCUUCCUUCGACCGACACUCAAAUAACAGUCGGUCAGCCCCCGAAGAAACCUUCUGUCUCCAAGGUUCAACUGCCGACGGCCCGACCUCAUAUUGAGGAGUUCGUGCUUGAUGGCGCUGCUGGGACCCAAGGGGCUGUGCUCAGCUCGGACGUCCUCUCUCAAGUGGGUCAGAGUUUUUCAGGCUUUGGCGCCGACCAUUGGGACCUUGUGCACAAGGCCUCGGACUAUAAUACUCUUUAUGAUAAGAGUAUCGAACUUACUACCGCGGUAUCCUUCGCAACUCUCCUUUAACUGUUUGUGUCUCAGCUUGCGAUCUAAUUCGUUCUUUGUAUUUCAGGCCCUUGUCGUUUCAGCACAGCUUAACUAUAAGCUGACUAACGAGGUGCACACGAGCAUGUCUCUGGCCCAAAAUUCGAAGGAUCUCCAGCUUAAGAUGGCUGACGAACUCAAGGACUCGAAGAUCGAACUUGAAAAAGUGAAGACCCGUCUCGCGGAGCUGGAGAAGACGAAAGCCGAGCUUGAACAGGCGAAGACUCGUCUUGCCGAGCUUGAGAAGGCCAAUGCUAAGCUCGAGGAGGAUAAAGUUGCUAUCUUCGACAUCAUGGAAAGCGAGAAGGCCCGCCUCCUGGACGAGUUUAAAGAGCAGAAGGAGAAGGCGGUCGACCAGGCCAUGUACAAAAUUUGGGUUGAUAAUGCCGAUCUCGACACCAGCUUCCUGG